GGGGGCCUGAUAAAUAUUUUAUAAUUUCACGCUCGUGAGAUCGUCUGUCAGUGACACUUGUCGACGUUAAUUAAUCAAAUUGUAAUAAUUAGAAUACGCAGUGUUAAUUACAGAAGAAGAUUGUAAUAAUUAAACAACAGCAAUAUAAAAUUUAUCUUCCAUUAUUAUUCGUCAACGUUGACUAUUAAAUAUGGUUUAUAUAUCGAGUGAUGGGAAAAUUCUUAACUCAGUACCAUGGGGCUUUAAAAGAAUCGCUGAUUUCUUUUCAGCUAUAAUAUUUAUGGUGAUAAUGUUUUUCAAGACGUUAUUUGGCAUGGACACAGAUCAAAAUGACGGUAGAAACACAAGAGAUUUUAGACCUGGCUUUGGUCCUCCUAAACCUCCAAGUCGAAGAUUAGGUAGGCCUAGUAACGUCAAUCAUAGUGUGGACAUUCCCUUUGGUUGCAGCAGUUGUCAGAUGUGAAUUUAUUAUUGAUGAAACGCGAUUAUGGAUAAUUUAAAUCUAUCAAAGAAUUUUUAUUACAGAGAAUUUAAUAUGUUUUAAGUAUCAAAAUUGAAAAUUAUAUUAUUAAUAAAUAAUUAAAUGUAUUCUUCUGUGCUAUAUUUAAAAUAUUACACAUUAUUACAAAUACAAUACAAAGGUAUUAUAAGUUAUAGUCAAUAAUAAUAAAAAUAAAAACAUUUUUCUGUAAAAUUAUAGUAUUAAGAUUUAUAGUUUUUGUACACAUUAAAAAAAAAUAAUAUCACUUU